AUGGCGGAGAAAAUAGUGCCCAUAGAACAGCUAGUGGUCGAGGCGAAGAGCGCCUUUCGGCAGCAAUUCGGCGAAGACGCCGCCGUCGCGGUCUUCGCCCCCGGCAGGGUCAAUUUAAUCGGCGAACACACCGACUACAACGAUGGCUUCGUCAUGCCUAUGGCCCUUCCCUUGGUUACGGUGAUAGUAGGAAAACAAGUACCAGGUUGCGAAGCCACAAUUUAUACCACAACGAAAUUUCCCAACGAAGAACAACGAACCACCUUCGAGAUACCGAACAAGUUUAGCCUCGUCAGGGCUAUAAACAGAGAAGGACCAAAAUGGGCCAUGUACAUGAAAGGAGUGAUCGCGAACUAUUUGGGGGACGUUCCGUCGGCUUUCAAAGCUGUGGUACACACGAGCGUCCCGAUCGGAGGCGGCCUGUCCAGCAGCGCCUCCUUGGAGGUGGCUACUUACAUAUUUCUGGACCAACUAAUGGGAGUCCAGCAAGAAGCUACUCAGUUAACGAAAAAAGCUUUGGCCUGCCAGAAGGCUGAACACGAUUACGCGGGCAUGCCAUGCGGCAUCAUGGACCAAUUUAUCUCCUUCAUGGGCAACAAAGACCACGCGCUUCUAAUAGAUUGCAGGCAUUUAACAUCGUCUUUAAUCCCUCUAAACGACGAUAACGUGAUUAUACUGAUAACGAACUCCAACGUGAAGCACCAGCUCACCGGCAGCGAGUACCCCACCAGGAGGAAACAAUGCGAGGAGGCGGCGAUGAUACUGAAAAAAGUCAGUUUGCGCGACGCCAAUUUGGACGACAUCAAAUAUUUGGAAUCGAUCAACACGAACGCGGAAAUCAUAGCGAGAGCCCGGCACGUCAUCACGGAGAUCCGAAGGACGGCGGAGGCGGCCGAGAUGCUCAAGCAAUCGAAUUUCGUGAAGUUCGGGAAAUUGAUGACGGAGAGUCACGCGUCUCUAAGAGACGAUUACCAAGUGUCUUGUCCAGAAUUGGACAGUCUGGUGGAAUUGGCCCUGGAGGUGGAAGGAGUGCUGGGUAGUCGGAUGACGGGAGGCGGUUUCGGAGGGUGUACCGUGACUUUAGUGUAUUCGAAGUCGGUGGAUAAUGUAAUUCAAAAUAUUCAAGACAAGUACAAAGGACAGGCGACGUUUUACGUGUGCAAACCCAGCCCGGGCGCUUCUAUUCUACACAAUUAA